GCCUUGAUCUAUCCGUCCCACAUACCAGCGAAUUCGCGAACCGACGUCCCGCGCCCGAGUCAGUAUGGCUUCAAGGACUAUGAGGAGCUCAUCAUUCCGACCAAGGAUGGCGAGAAGCUGUCGGCCUUCUACAUCCGUGGUCCCCGCGGUAGCAAGAACUCGAAGGUGACGGUGCUUUUCUGGCAUGGCAACGCCGGAAAUUGCGGGCAUCGCUUGGGUCUGGUGCGGAUGUUGAUCGCGGCCGCGGGCUGCAACGUCUUCAUGGUCGAAUACCGGGGAUACGGCCUCUCGACAGGCCAGCCCGACGAAUCCGGCCUGAAUAUCGACGCCCAGACGGCGAUCGACUACCUCCGUGACCGCGCCGAGACGCGCGACCACAAGAUCGUGGUCUACGGACAGAGUCUGGGCGGCGCCGUGGGUAUACGCCUGGUCGCCAAGAAUCAGGGGAAGGGAGACAUCGCCGGCCUCAUCCUCGAGAACACCUUCCUCAGCAUGCGCAAGCUGAUUCCCAGUGUCAUGCCUCCCGCGAAAUACCUCUCCUUCCUAUGCCACCAGGUCUGGCCGAGCGACACCCUGAUACCGAGCAUCAAGGUGCCGACGCUAUUUCUGAGUGGGCUCCAAGACGAGAUAGUCCCUCCAAUCCACAUGAAGCGCCUUUACGACCUGUCCAAGGCCCCUCUCAAAGUUUGGAAGCCCCUCCCAGGGGGCGAUCACAACUCCAGUGUUCUGGAGGAGGGCUACUUCGAGGCCGUAGCCGAGUUCAUCAACAGGAUCGUGGCGGACUCGGAGAAGCAAUGA